UCAUGUUCAGCACCAUUUUAUUUGGCUCCUGUGUCAUUCCGUGAUGUGAAUGAAAAUAACAAAAAAUACUGUGAUCAAUCUGUUUUCGUAUGUCAAAAAUGAAAUAAACCAGAACGAUACAGUUAGUAUGUGUACACAUAGAUCGUCAGAUAAGGCACGUGGAACCUACUUUUGUGAGAUUGUGUUAGCCGACAUUGUGCUGGCCUGGAGAAGAACUGUCAUGGCGUCCCCUUGUGAUUCUGUAACGGGCAAUCUGGCGGCAGUAUUACAUGGGAAGCUCGACAUUCGCCUGGAGAAAAUUGCCGUACCGGAACUAGAGGAGAAUGAAGUGUUACUGGCCAUGGGAUCUGUGGGAAUAUGUGGAUCGGACCUCAAGUACUGGAUCGAGGGCAAGUGUGGCAUCUUCACCCUCGGGCAGCCUAUGGUGAUGGGACAUGAAGGGAGUGGUACUGUUGCGAGAGUCGGACCAGGAGUAAAGUCGCUUACAAUAGGUGACCGGGUGGCGGUGGAGCCAGGCGUUCCUUGUCGUAAGUGUGCCCUCUGUAAGAAGGGUAGAUACAACCUGUGUAAAAAGAUAUGUUUCUGUGCCACGCCCCCUGACGACGGCAACCUUUGUAGGUACUACAAACACCCGGCUGACUUCUGCUUUAAACUUCCAGACCAAGUGAGUCUGGACGAGGGUGCUCUAUUAGAGCCCCUGGCGGUGGCUAUUUACAGCUGUCGUCGUGGUAACGUGGCACUUGGAACUAAAGUGCUAGUAUGUGGUUCAGGUCCUGUGGGAAUUUUGACAAUGCUGGUAGCCAAACAAAUGGGGGCUUCAAAGGUCCUUAUAACAGAUAUAGACGACAUCCGUUUAGAAAUGGCAAAUCGGAUGGGUGCUGACCUGACCUUGAAAGUGACAUCGGAUGACUCCAUGUGUCUAGCUAAACAGAUCGAGGUCAUGAUGGGAGGUCAACCAGAAGUUUCCAUAGAAUGCAGCGGCGCAGACCUUAGUUACGCCACCGCUAUACACGCAACUUUCCCUGGUGGAUGUGUGGUGACGGUUGCGCGGCAUAAGAACAGUGGAGACAUUCCUCUUAACCAUGCGGCUACCAAAGAAGUGGAUAUUAAGGGUAUCUUCAGAUACGCCAAUUGCUAUCCAGCGGCGCUUGACUUUGUUACCAACAGUGGAGUGGAUCUAACGCCACUGAUAACACAUCACUUUAACUUGAUGAACACGACCAGCGCAUUUGAAGCAGCAAGGUCACGUGACGCGCACGCAGUCAAAGUCAUGAUUCACUGCAACAAAUAAAUUUGUUUUAAAAGACGACGUGAUUGUUUUGUUAAUAUCAUCUUUAUCGCUACUAUGUUGGACACUAGACGUAUAUAGCUCAUGUAUAAUUCUUACACUACUGUUCCUCAUCAACAUUUUUAUUUAUAUUAAAACUGGUUAUAAAAUGGGUGUAUAUGUAUAGUUUGUAUCUACCGAAAUGACACGUAUGCAAUCAACAACCAGUAUAAGAGUAUUUUUACAAAGUUGAAUCUUAAUUUUAAAUAGAGUAUUAAGGGGCGUGUAUAACUGAGCAUAAGAGUUGACCCUACGGUAAGUCUAAAGCACGUUGCUUCAGUCUUUAUUUGUCUAUGCGCAGUUCAGAUUGCUCCUGCAGAGGGGUAUCAAAUAAGUAGAACCCACAUUCUCUGAGGCAUCUCGCUCAUAGCUUUGUAAUAGUGUAUAAUAAAAAUUAACAUAAAACAUAACAAAUAUUGUACCAUGUUUUCAAUUUUAACUACUGGUUAGAUAGCUAGCUAUGUUUGUGAACUUUGUGUUAUAAGAUUAUAAUUCAGUUUCUUGUAUCCUGUACGUUUGGUGCGAUGUGACAUGUAUAACUCUUAUCUCAUAUGGACAUCAUACACAUUUAUUUCGUGAUACAAAUUAAUUGCUUGAUACAUAUUCUAUUUCUUGUAACAUAUCUAAAAAAAACUAUUAAUUGAAUGGAAUAUAAGAGUGGAAAAUAACUUAAAAAUUAAGAAUUAGUUUUCUGCUAAAAUUGAGAGAUGCAGGGAGAAAAGGCUAUUAUUAGAACCAUUUGAGUAUAUAUCAAGUAUGAACAUGAAACAGACAAAACUGUAUAAGACUGGACCAUUUCAUUAAAAAAAAAAGUGUUUAUAUUUACGAAGUUCCAUUGUAUCAUUUAAUCAAUGGGCUUCUCAAAAUUUUAACAAAACAUAUACAAAACCACAUUAGAAUGAUGGCAAACAAACAUUAGCACACUACAAUCAAUCUAAACAAUAAAAAAAACAUAAAAAUAUUUAAAAAAACACUUCUUUCUGUAACCAGUUCCACUUAAAAUCAGUGACUCGAAAUCACAUUCAGAGUUAAAAUCAGUGACUCGAAAUCACAUUCAGAGUUAAAAUCAGUGUAUUUUAUAUUAUGAAAAUAAACUUUGUAACAAAAGUUGGUAAAAGAUAUACUACAUAAAUUUACGGUAAUGUUUUAACCAUCUCACUACCAACUACAUUAUAUAUGCUGUUUCAUAUGAAAUUAGGUUUCUUAACUUGGUUAAAACAAAUUCAUAUUUACAAAACUGUUCCUUUCAUGGAUUAAAAUCAUCAUGGAAAUUUGGUCUGUUUCUUAAUUACAAAGACAGAUGUUCAUAUACAGUUCAAUUACAGUUUCCACGCAUAAACAAAACAAACAAAAUCUAAUUAGUAUAAAUUGUUACUUAAAAAGUAAAACAACCAACAUUUAUAUAAUGGCAUGAUCAAUAACCUCAAAGACUGUGGUUGAUUGUUGAAUUUUUUUUGUUGACAUAGCUUUGGACAUGAAAAUAUCCUAGGCAUGCUCAACGAUUGAUCUGCAUAUUGAAUAAGGUAGAAAAAAAACAUAUUGCAUGGGAAUAAAUCACCUACUGUGUGUAUUAUUUUGGUAAUUUAAUUUAAUAUACAAAUUUGCCGAUUAGGAAGGUGCCUACCAAAUUUGGUUGAAAAUAGGCCAUUUAUAAGGCGGGCACUUUCCAUUGCUAUCAGGUUCGCAUUUGGAAAGAUAUCCUUCUCCAUUUCAUGGGGGAAAAAAUAUCGUUUCUAAUUUAUUGUUUUCAUUGCGUUUGAAUUCCUACAAAAUUGUCUCUCUUUUCCAAACAAUCUAUACAAACAGCCUUAUUAUUCCGUAAGUGUCUUUACUAGUUAAAACAUAUUAUAAUUGUACUAAAGUAAUGAAAGCUUACGUUUGGAAUAAACACUUCGGUAGAUAUACCGAUAAUGGAUGACUUAUAUGUCUAUAUACAUGACUCCUCAAUUGUAAUCAGUGUUCACUUUGAUCGGUAAAUACACAAACCUUUGAUCAUUUGGUCAACAUAAAUCUACACAAGUCUAUACAUCUUAAUUAUCUGAUACAAACCAUCUUGUACAUCGUUAUCAAAGAAAAUAUGAUAUAACCAAUCAACACUUUCCCUAACUUUACCUUGCAAUGCGGUCUAACGAUCUAGUCAAUUUAAUGCAACACCCAGCCAUAUUUGUUGAUCGUCAUUCCACUUCAGCUUUCAGGAAAAAUGGCUAUAUUGUGGAAUGGGUGGUUGACAAGGACAAUUUAGUAAAA